AUGCCAGGAACAAAGUCGGAAAAGGAUAUAGGAGAAGGCGAGCUGCAACUUGUUUCUUCAGCAGAAAGUUAUGAAAAAAGUAAAAGUAGCCAUUGGAUCUCAUGGGUAUAUAAAGUAGACUCAUUAGGAAUAGAAACUAGGGGUAUAGAAAGAGUGACGCCAGAAGAGAGAGAGUUGUUAUCACAGAAAAAGAAACAUUCAAAGAUUAGACAAUUUCUUAAUGUUUUGGGAUUAUGGGUAGCAGCAUGCGGUGGUUUGACGUCAAUGUCAUCCUUUUUUCUACCAACACUAUUAUUUUACUUGAAUUUUCGUGAUUCUCUAGUUAGUGGCCUUGUUUCCUUGAUUGUAGGUUGUCUUGUCCCUGCCUACUGUUCAACAAUGGGCGCAAAAUCAGGAUGCCGUCAAAUGGUUACGGCUAAGUUCUUAUUUGGAUGCUGGGGUGUUAGAAUAGUAGCAAUUAUUGUAAUAAUUAGCAGCCUUGGAUGGUCAGUAGUCAAUUGUGUUUUGGGAGGUGAAGUGCUUGCUGCACUUUCUGGAGUUCCAUUAUCAGUAGGUGUAGUGAUUAUAUCUAUUAUAAGUUUGGUGGUAGCCGUUUUCGGUAUUAAAAUAGUCCUCAGAUUUCAAAAUAUUAUUGCAAUUCCUAUAACAAUAGCUUCGAUUUUGUUCUACGUGGUCGUAUGUAAAAAAUAUGAUUAUAUUAAUAUUACAAAUGAAAUGCUUGCAAAGGAAAAUCAAUCCGCAGCGACCGUCAGAGGGAACUGGCUUUCAUUCUUUACAAUCGGUUAUUCUGUCACCGCAACAUGGGGCGCAGGUGCUUCUGACUAUUAUAUUUUGUUCCCCGAGAAUACUCCGUCGUGGCAAGUUUUUUUGAUAACCUUCAUAGGUAUAUCAGUGCCCACUACAUUCGUUGCCUUAAUUAGUAUAAUUUGUGGUACAAUUGCUUAUUCGUAUAAGCCAUGGAAUGAUGCAUACCUAGAGUUUGGAGUUGGGGGACUAAUUAAUGAGGCUUGCAAACCAUGGGGAAACUUUGGCAAACUUAUUGUUGUGCUUUUAUAUAUUUCAUUAGUGUGCAAUAAUAUUAUGAACACAUAUUCAAGUGCAUUUGAAUUCCAAUUGAUUGAUCCUAAAUUAGCCAGUAUUCCAAGGUGGUGCUGGGCAAUAUUAUGCACCAUGAUAUAUCUCGUUAUAUCUUUGGUCGGUAGAGAGCACUUGUUCACAAUUUUAGGAAACUUUUUGCCUAUGUUAGCCUAUUGGAUUUCCAUGUACAUUACAAUUCUUCUUGAAGAAAAUUUCAUUUUUAGACGUCCAAAAAGCACUCGAAAGUUGCAUUAUAGAGAAUUUGAAAAGGAUGCAACAGAGGAAACAGAGCAAUCGAAUAGGGAAGAUUAUUUAUAUAAUUGGGAUUGUUGGAAUAAGCCUCGUCUGAUAACAUUCGGAAUUGCAGCACUUGUGUCAUUUGCAAUAGGAAUAGUGGGUGCCGUCGUAGGUAUGAACCAAGUUUAUUGGCAAGGAUGGAUUGCUAGAAAUAUUGGAGACUAUGGUGGGGACAUUGGAUUUUGGAUAUGUAUGGCCUUUACUGGUAUAACAUAUCCAUUUUUAAGAUACAUGGAACUCAAGUGUUACGGAAAAUAG